AUGGCGGCAUCGUCCGUGGGGUUUACGAAUCUCGCCGACGUGGCGGGGACUCCUGGCGAUAGCAAGGACACCUCGCCACCCAUGAGGUUGUCCACGCCAUCUAAAUCCACCAACGACCGACAUAAAAAGAAAGUUCAUGGCACCUCAAGACGGCUGUUGCCGUUGGACUUAUCGGCGUUUGACAUGACACAAAAGUCCAAGCGCAUCUUCCAAAAGAAGGACUUGGCGGAAGCCGUGCGUCGGGUCAACAUGCCCAUCAUGUUGCUGCAGCGCGACCCGCCGCCAUCCGUGUCGGAAGUGCCAGAGUCGGAUGCGGCUGCCGCGGGCAACAAGGACGUGGCGAUUUUGGAGGACGGCGUCAACAUCAACGCGCGCAAGUACAACGAACGGCGGCGAGUGGCGGUCGCAAAGGAGAAGGAACUGCACCACUUGCUCGACGAGUUUAAGACGAUGCAACUCGAAACGGAAACCCUCGAGAAAAUACACAACCAAGAGUCGACCGGGGCCAAGGAGAUCCAACGGCUGAACGCCGACAUUGACGAGUGCAUGUUGUCCAUGGAAGAAAAGAUGCACACGCGGCGGCAGCUCGAACACAUGAUUCGGCGGUUGCAAUCGAACCAGGUCAAAUUUGACUCGCAUAUUAGUGCCAUGUCGGUGGCCGUAGAAGCCAGUGUCCGCGAGGCGGAAGACGUCCGCGUGCUGUGUCGGCAGUUGGAAGCCGGCAAAAGCCGUACGAUUCAAAUGCUCCAAGACUUGCAGCAACAAAUUGUCGUCGAGCGCAAAAUCAGGGGGCGGGAGCUGUCUGAAAACUCGAUCAAAGCCAAAAACGCAGAGCGCAUGGAGCAGUGGCGGCUCAAGCGUAUCAAGCAACGAUCCGAGCUCGCUGCUGAACUUCGGGGCGACUUGUCUUUUGACGAAGAGCGAAAACUGCUGCGCGAGAUCGACUUCAAGCGCAAGGCGGGCAGCGACUUGAGCGCGGCCAACAUGGAGAUCUCCCAGCGGGCGGCCGACCACGACCAAGUGUUUAUGCAGAUGAAGCAAGUGACCGGCGCGAGCAGUCUGCAGGACGUCGUGGACAAGUUCGCAGCACAAAACAGCAGCAACGCGUCGCUGGAAAAGGAAAAAGCGCGCGCUGAAGCCCGGCUCGCGGCCGCGAAAGCGUCCAAGGAAGGCGCGAUCAAGUCGCUAAAUGACCUCAAGGCAUCCGGCAUUGGCGGCAUCGAACUGAAUCGCGACGUGUACACUGCGUUGGAGAGCGAAAUUCUGGUUGCCAAGGGCCAACUCAAAGGCAACAAAGCCGCGUACGACUGCCUCGAUGGUGUGCUGGCGGCGGUGCGACAAGGUGCUAGCAGUCUCGUGCAGCGCCUGGUUCCUUUCGACGACUUGCUCGAGAUCAACGACGAAGCAUUGGCGGCGCUGACAGGGAAAGACUCGGCCAACGACUUGUUGGCGGUGGCGGAAAUCAAGUUUGCCAAGGUGCUCGAACUCGUGGGCCAGCAAAACGGAUCCGUCGGGGGGUUCAACGGGUAUGGCGGGGACGCCGACGACGGCUUCGACGACCAUGCCCGGGGCGGGGGGGACGUAGGGGACGACGUCAAGCACGCGGUGUGGACCCCCACCGGCAACAACGACCCCGUUGUGCAUCGAAACAACAUCCGCGUUCAGGCGCGGCCAGGGGCGUCGGCACCUUCGUCCGGACCCCCCGACAGCGCCCGAUCCGACGUGUCGUCCGCGGCUGGCGGCGGCGGGCUGCUCGAAGACGAGGAAGAGGCCACGGAUGGGGUCAUGGAUGUGUUGGUGCCGUCGCGCGAUAUCCUCAAGAUGAGCAGCAACCGCCAUUUUGCCGAAAUCAUGCGAAAACAAGAGCUCGCGGAGAAGCGCAAGAACGCGGCGGAACGGGGCAUUUCGGACGAAGAGCUGACGUCCAAGCUCAAAAAGAAGAACCAGAACGAAGCGGACAAGCGGCUGUCGGCCAACCCGACGUCGAGACUGGGCCUGCCGCCGGGCGUGUGUCAGAAGGACGAUGCGAUCACAAAGUCCACGGCAUUUGUGACGCAGAUGCCCGCGUUGCUAUGA